CGCGGGCGCGCGCGGAGGGGCAGGGCCGGGCCCUUCCUGCCCCGGGAGCCGCGGGAGCGGCGAUGGGCCCGCAGCGGGACUAGCGGGCACCCGGCCGGCCGCCAUGGCCCUCAGCGCAGCUCCGGGCUGCCGCGCCGGGGAGCGGGGGCCCCGCUGGAGGAGGCCCUGGAAGCUCCUGGCCCUUGGCCUGCUCUCCGCCUCCUCCGUGCUGGCGGCCGCCCCGGGCGCCGGGGCCAUGAGCAGGGAGGAGAAGCGCCGGCUGGGAAAUCAAGUGCUUGAAAUGUUUGAUCAUGCAUAUAGCAAUUAUAUGGAGCACGCGUAUCCAGCCGAUGAACUCAUGCCUUUAACGUGCCGUGGACGAGUGCGGGGUCAGGAGCCAAGUCGAGGGGAUGUGGAUGAUGCCUUGGGAAAGUUUUCACUGACCUUAAUUGAUACCUUGGACACUCUUGUGGUGUUAAAUAAAACCAAAGAGUUUGAAGAAGCUGUAAAAAAAGUAAUAAAGGAUGUUAAUUUAGAUAAUGACAUAGUUGUGUCUGUCUUUGAAACCAACAUAAGAGUCCUUGGAGGUCUCCUAGGUGGACACUCAGUGGCAAUUAUGCUGAAAGAAAAAGGUGAAUAUAUGCAGUGGUACAAUGGUGAACUCCUGCACAUGGCAAAGGAACUGGGCUACAAGCUUCUACCUGCUUUUAACACCACUAGUGGUCUCCCUUAUCCAAGAGUUAACUUAAAAUUUGGUGUAAGACAUCCAGAAGCACGAACAGGAACAGAAAGUGAUACCUGUACAGCUUGUGCUGGUACCUUGAUCCUUGAGUUUGCAGCUUUAAGCAGAUUCACAGGAACAUCUAUAUUUGAGGAAUAUGCUCGGAAGGCUCUGGAUUUUAUCUGGGAGAAGAGGCAGCGCAGCAGCAACCUAGUGGGGGUCACCAUUAACAUCCACACCGGGGACUGGGUCCGCAAAGAUAGUGGAGUUGGAGCAGGAAUAGAUUCAUACUAUGAAUAUUUAUUAAAAGCCUAUGUCUUGCUGGGAGAUGACAGUUUCCUGGAAAGAUUUAACACGCACUAUGAUGCCAUAAUGAGAUACAUCAGCCAGCCACCUCUUCUCCUUGAUGUUCACAUUCAUAAACCAAUGCUAAAUGCUCGGACCUGGAUGGAUUCUCUGCUUGCUUUCUUCCCUGGAUUGCAGGUGUUGAAGGGUGAUAUUAGACCUGCUAUUGAAACACAUGAGAUGCUGUAUCAGGUUAUAAAAAAGCAUAACUUUCUUCCAGAGGCAUUCACAACAGAUUUCAGAGUUCACUGGGCUCAGCAUCCUCUGAGGCCUGAAUUUGCUGAAAGCACUUACUUCUUGUAUAAGGCUACAGGAGACCCUUACUACCUAGAAGUAGGAAAAACCCUCAUUGAAAACUUGAACAAGUAUGCCAGAGUUCCCUGUGGGUUUGCUGCAAUGAAGGAUGUUCGUACAGGAAGUCAUGAAGACAGGAUGGAUUCAUUUUUCCUGGCCGAGAUGUUUAAAUAUCUGUACCUGCUGUUUGCUGAUAAGGAGGACAUGAUUUUUGACAUUGAAGAUUAUAUCUUCACUACAGAAGCUCAUCUAUUGCCACUCUGGCUCUCCACUACAAACCAAACCAUCUCUAAAAAAAAUACAAGCACAGAGUACACAGAGCUGGAUGACAGCAACUUUGACUGGACCUGUCCAAACACCCAGAUCCUCUUCCCCAACGACCCCAUGUUUGCCCAGAGCAUCCGGGAGCCUCUGAAGAACGUGGUGGAUAAGAGCUGUCCCCGGGGCAUUUCCAGAGCAGAAGAGAGUUUGGGAAGUGGACCAAAACCACCAUUGAGAGCCAGAGAUUUCAUGGCCAGUAAUCCUGAGCACUUGGAGAUCCUGAAGAAGAUGGGAGUCAGUUUGAUCCAUCUGAAAGAUGGACGAGUACAAUUAGUGCAGCACGCAGUGCAAGCAGCAAGUUCUCUGGAUGCUGAGGAUGGCUUACGGUUCAUGCAGGAAAUGAUUGAACUCUCUAGCCAGCAGCAGAAAGAGCAGCAGCUCCCUCCUCGUGCUGUCCAGAUUGUCUCCCAUCCCUUCUUUGGCAGGGUGGUCUUGACUGCUGGGCCAGCACAGUUUGGGAUGGACUUGUCCAAACACAAAGCUGGGACAAGAGGAUUCGUUGCGACCAUUAAGCCAUAUAAUGGAUGCUCAGAGAUCACUAAUCCUGAGGCAGUGAAAGAGAAAAUUGCUUUGAUGCAGAGAGGCCAGUGCAUGUUUGCUGAAAAGGCUCGAAACAUUCAGAAAGCUGGAGCAAUAGGAGGCAUUGUCAUUGAUGACAACGAGGGCAGCAGCAGUGACACAGCCCCUCUCUUCCAAAUGGCUGGGGAUGGCAAGAACACUGAUGACAUCACUAUUCCCAUGCUCUUCCUCUUCAACAAGGAAGGGAACAUCAUCCUGGACGCCAUCCGGGAGUAUGAGGCCGUGGAGGUGCUCCUUUCUGAUAAAGCAAAAGACAGAGACUUGGAAAUGGAGAAUAUGGACCAGAAAUCAUCUGAAAAUGAUUCACACAAACCAAAUUCUGAGGAAGCCCCUUCAGAAUCUCAGGAUGCUGAAGCAGUCAGUGAGGAGCCCGAAGGAGGAGGAGAGAGCUCUGGUGUUGGUGCCCCUGAUCCUUUGUCUCCUGCCAGCACAGACAGUGUUUCCAUGGCAGAUGAGGAUCCCCAUACCUCUGGACCCACAGAGGCCAGUGCUCCAGAGCCAGCAUGUUCACCAGGGGACAGCCAGCCUCAGGAACAACACACCCAGACAGAGGCCAAUUCCAAAGCUCACUGGGAUAGUAAAGUCCAGCCUAUGGAAUCCAUAUUAGCAGACUGGAAUGAAGAUAUAGAAGCAUUUGAAAUGAUGGAAAAGGAUGAGCUAUGACUUGUAAUAAUAACUUAUUUGUUAAUAAACAAAUGGAGACCUCUUUGGGUAGAAGUGAGGCCCAGAUAUCCAAGAAAACAUAUUCAGUAUUGGGAUGAGCAACCAGGUGUCACCUGGGAAACAACAUAGAAUUCCAGCACAGGCUCUUUGUAUGUUUUAAUUUUUCCUGUUUAAAAAUGGGAAUGUGCAAUCAAAGCAUUGGUGUGGCCCCAGGGAGGGACAAGCCUGACUCGUGCCUUCCAGGCUCCAGGGGCACUCCUGGGGCUCUGGGAAGCAGGAGUUGAGCAGGGUGGGGUGACAGACCAUGGGAUAGUUCUUGUUGGAGCAGCCACCCCUCCCCAGCUGAAAGCCUUCCUACAGCAGCAGGGGAAUUGUUUCCAGGUAGUUUGCACAGCUGGAAGCAGUCUGGUUUUGUCUGAGCUAUCACAGUGCUGCUCAUCAUUCCUUGCACCCCUUACCACGAGGAACCACAUGGACACCUGGGAGUUCCCUUCCUGCUGCUUCCAGCUGGAGGAAUUGUACAAGCCAAAGGCAGAGUGUGAGCAGGUCCCUCAGGGAGGCUGGGCCAGCUGUGGGGCCACCAGGAGAAGGUUGGGAAGGCCCUGCAGGAGGCUGAGGGGAAGCAGACAAGGCAGGUGUUGAGUCCCAGGUGUUUCCCUUGGCCUCCCAGGUGGAAAAACUCCAAUCUGCUCUGAAAUCUGAAGGAGUCUCUGAAAGGACACAGCUCCAUCAGCUGUAACAAGACCUUUUUCUACAAGUUUGCACUUCCAACAACUUGACUGUUGUUUUUAUACACAACUGGUGUAUGUGGAGUUUCAGGCAGGGAGGCUGAGGCCAAUGGGAAAGAGCAACAAUUCUGGCUGUUGAUAGUUCAGAAUCCAGGGGUGUUAUCCAGGCUCUGGAGUUUGUUACAGGUAAGUGGAAGUCAGAAUUUGUUAUCCACGUUAUAUUUAAUUAAAAAUGGGGAAGUUUAAACAACACAGAGCAUUUUGACUGUGUCCAAAGAAACUGCCAAAAACUAAUUAACUUGAUUUAUAUAAACUGCUUUUAGUGAAUUGUGGUUAAAAAAAUGGUUUUAUAUUAAAGACUAAAUGAACACUGCCUAUAUGCUGCACCAGGCUAAAAAUGCAGGUUUAUGUUCAUCAUUGCAAAGGAGUAAAUAAACAGGAAGCCCCACUCUGGACUGCACCUUUGGUUUAGCUGGUGAAAUUACACGUGCUGAAUAUGCAACUGUUAAUUAGCACAGCCAUACUCUGUAUUUAUAUCUGUACAGUGAGCAGAGCAAUCCCAGGCAAUGCUGGAUCCAUGUACUCAGCCACACUUGCUUUCAAAAGUCUCAGAAUGCACAGGCACCUUUUGAGAGCAUGGCAAUCCAUCUAAAUAUCAUCCAGAACUUUAAAUCACCAGGGUAGGAGGGAAUUCAAGGAUGAAUAGUGUAUAAGUGUCCUUUGAAAGAAAUUAGCUCUUAAAUGGAGUUGUCAUUCCUUUGCACGAGUGACUGGGCAAAGUCUGGAGGUUUAGACUUGAAGCAGCUGAGGGUUUUCAGUUGGGAAUGUUUUUGUUUAUGGGUUUUGUUACAUGAGUUGAUAAAAACAGUUGACCAUGGGAGCCUUGUAAGUGUUCUUGGUUCCUUGGAGCCCUGGGAGUGCCAGGACAUGACCAAGUGCAGGAUCAAACCAUGAGGUGCAGAUCAAACGUUUUCACUCAGAGAAUUCUGCUGAUCUGUCAGUGCUCAGUGCCACAAGAGGAGCAUCUUUGUUCCCAUGCUUUUUGACAUGAACAUUAUCUUCCUUCUUGAUAGCUCUUUUGGUGGAAAUAGAGUUAUUUUUAUAUCCUAGAGGCCUCUGGUCAUUACUAUCUCAGUAUAGCAGCUAAAGGUUUUCUUUUUUUUAACUUGCAGAUGUAGGUGUAGAUGUCAAAUUGUAUUAAAAGGUUAACUUUCCUUGCCAUCACCAGCUCAUUUUUAGUAACUGCUUUCUCCACCAGUUAGUAGAGCAGCAGGCAUUACCUUUCAGGGAUCCCAAGCUCCAUGUGGAUUUAGGGGGCAGCAUUUUGGUGGUGGCCUACCUCAGAUAACUGCUGCCUCCUUCCUUUUGAAGUGGUUUUUAUUUCAUUUGCUUCUGCUUCACCUUUGAAACCAUCACAAGAGCCAUAGCUUUGUUUACAGAACUGAAUCAGGCAAGGUUGACCUUUUGGGAAAUAGGAUUAAAUUGGGGGGGCAGUUUUUAUUCAGGUUACUUUCACUUUGUAUUUCCUUUAGUUUAACCUGUUCAUAUCAUUCUGGAAAGAAUUCAGUUUUCUGAUACUAUCAUCUUAAAAAGCAAAAAGAAUGUAUUCAUCAAAAAGAAAACCCCUUUUGGAAAGGGGCAGAGAGUGUUCUUCCCAAAUGUUUGGAAGUCUGCUCCCUGCAUAUGGAAUAUUGCUCAUAGAUCAUUAAUCAGGAAUCACCCUUUGUGUAUAGCAUUGUACAUUUCUUUGUAUGUAUUGAACACAAGAAUUCAGGAAUCACAGCUGCAACUAGCACUUACUCCAUGCCAUGUAAUUCAGAUCAGCCAAUUAAUUUCUCAUUUGAUCUUACAGGAAUCUUCUUAAUUGUUUACAUUUAUUGUUUCUUAAUGAAGUUUGAGAAUGUGCCCAGCUCUGGUUCUUCUCCUCCUGCCAGUGUCCCUGAUAGGCACCAGUGAGUGCUGAGAGGUGAAAAACAGGACAUCUUAUGCAACAGGCAUCCAUCAGAACAUAGAAGCCAAACCAUUCUGUGAAUGAAAAUUGUAUGUUCAGAUUUUAUAAGAUUUUUGGUUUGUUUUCUUUUUUUUUUUAGCCAGACCAAUUUACAGCCGUAUAUUUUAUUAUGGAAGAUGUCUAAUAACAGGUGCUGUAAUACUGUUGUUGGGUUUUACUCUCUGGUGGCAAGUGUACACAAUAUUCUUAAGGGCAACUAUGUACUGUGAUGUAAAAGUCUGGGCUAAAAUGUACAUAAUCCGUGUACAUAAUUGUGUACUUGAUUAUAACUGCUGAUUGUAAAGAUUUAAUAAAAUGUAAAUAUUCUGGUCA